AUGUCCUCCGCUGAAGACAGAGUCAACGCCAUGCGUGGCUACAAGGCCACCCUCAACAACCCCAGAGUCUCCGAUGAGGCCAAGCAGAACGCUCAGUCCAUGCUCGACCAGCUUGGCGGCUCGCAGCCUUCAGAGGAGUUGCACAACCUCCGUGGUGACAACCAGAAGGACCCCAACCGCGUCGCUGGUGGACUCAAAGCUGCGCAGAACAACCCCGGUGUGUCGCAGCAAGGCAAGGAGGCCGCUGGGCAGAAGCUGAACCAGAUGGGCGGUCCGGAUGAGUAA